AUGAAGCAGCAAUCCAAGGACCCAUUCGAAGCGGCGUUUGAGGAGCAAGAAGACUCGCCGCCAGAUUCUCCCGUGGCUCCUGAUGCCGCACGCACCGCUCUCGACACCCAAGAAGACGACGACCCUCUUCUUCCUCCUGGCUCCAAAGACCCAUCUUCCUCAGCCACACCAUUAGCGGCACCGCCACCACCACUACCAACAACAGCAGUAACUACAGCAAGAACAACACCUGCUGCUACUACAGCAGCGCCCUCUACCUCUGCUCGGGCCACAGUCAAGCACAACAAAGAUGAUGACGACGACGAAGAUGAAGAGAACAUGGAUGUUGAGCUCGGCAAGUUCUCUGCCACUGGCGACCCUGACAAAAUGGCCAAGAUGCAGGCUAUCUUAUCACGAUUCUCGGAGGAACAGAUGAGUAGGUAUGAGUCAUUUCGGAGAGCUGGGUUUCAGAAAUCCAACAUGAAAAGGUUGUUAGGUAGCAUCAGUGGAACUCCAAAAAUUUCUAUGCCUAUGACAAUUGUAGUGUCAGGGAUAGCAAAGAUGUUUGUUGGUGAACUGGUUGAAACAGCCAGAAUAGUUAUGACAGAGAGGAAAGAAUCUGGGCCAAUCAGGCCAUGCCACAUUAGAGAAGCAUAUCGAAGAUUGAAGCUUGAAGGGAAGGUACCAAAGAGAUCAGUGUCCAGGCUCUUCCGGUAG